AAAACAACAACAACAACAAUGAAUGCUGAUGUAUUUACUCGAAUUUUUGAGAUUGAAUCUGAAAAAAAAGAAUUAACAUUGUACCAACAAAAUGUUGGUGAUGUUUCCUGUGUUGUUUGGGAUGCUGCUCUUGUUUUGGCAAAAUAUUUAGAUGUUUUAUCAAGUGAUGAACGACUUGGUGGUAAUUGGCUAGUUGGAAAAAAAAUAUUAGAACUUGGAGCUGGUGUAGGAUGUGUUGGAAUGACAGCAGCAUGUCUUGGGGCUCAGGUAGUAAUGACAGAUCUUGAGAGUACAUUGCCAAUGUUAAAAAAAAAUAUAAUCAACAAUGAAAAGCAGUGGAAAAAUUCAGGAUCCAUUGAAGCACAAACUCUUGAUUGGGGAAAUAAAAUAGAACUUGAUUUUCAACCUGAUAUUGUAUUGCUUGCUGAUUGUAUUUAUUAUUCAGAGUCAAUACAACCACUGAUAAAUACUUUGGAGUAUUUUUGUAAAAAUAAAAAAACAUAUGCUAUUCUUAGCCAAGAGGAAAGAGACACACCAGGUCAAGUACCAGUUUGGAAAGAAUUUUUAUCAGAGUUGAAGAAAAAAUUUCAGCUUAAGUAUAUUCCAACGAGUCAACAACAUCCAACUUAUUCCAGUGAUGAUAUACAUCUGGUAGAAUUAACAUAUCUCUAA